AUGGCAAACCUUUCCAAAUCUGAUAGACAAGUUGAUAUCAAAAGAGUCUUGACCUUGCUCCGAAACAUCGAUGCGAAGAAGCGCACUACAGAUGAUUAUGGAAUUAUAAUCAAGUCCCUACUUAAUGCGGGCCACCUAUCUGCAGUCGAAAUCAUCUGUGAUGAAGCCAUUGAACAGGGCGUCGAAAUAAACGCAUGGUUCCUGGCUCUUAAAAUUGCAUUUCAGUGUUCAAGAUGGCAAGACCUUUCAUAUAUUUGGAGCCAAGGUCACAUCGAGGUUUCUCAAUUACCAUCAAUCUUAGAUUCUGUCAGUGACCCGGCUAAUUCAGUCACUUCUUUCUUGGAGUUUCUUGAGGGUCUCUCGGCAACAUCGAGCGAUCUGGAACUCUCAUCUCGUCUCAUUGAUGUCGUGUUCACGUCGGACGUGAUCAUGUCGGAAAUAGCUGUCGAGACUGUACUAUCUUUGACCCAGAGGUCAUCUAACUUGGGUUUUCUCAACCAAGAGCAUUAUAUCUACGCCAUUGCAACUUCGCUCAGGAUUGAAACACGUCCAUCCAAAGUCAUGGCAUUGGUUCUUUAUCGAAACUUCAGGUGGCAUUUGAGCACCUGCAAACCAUCUAAACAACUUCUCCAACAAUUAUUGGAGUCUUUGGCUUCGAUAAAGACGCAUCAUGGAGUCCAAUAUCUCCUUGACGAGUUUGCAUGCUUUCAUGGCAACCCGUCUAUAGAAGCAUACAAAACAGCUCUUUCUGCAUUUUCUCGAUCUGGCGAGGUCUCCAAAACUCAAGAAACAUUUGACAAGUUGGUGGAACUCUACGGGACUUCCAGCAAGAAUCCUCGAGUUGACCACAAGACGCCAAGGACUCCGAGGUGGGUUUUACCGCUCCUUCAUGCUCAUGCUCGAUUGGGUGACUAUCCAGCGGCGGAGAGAGAGUUCCAUAAGAUCCCGCAUAUAUACAAAGUACAUCAGAGUCGAAGUUGUUGGAAUGCACUAAUCUCAGCACAUGCCAAUGCCCGGAAUCACUAUGGUGCAUUCAAGGUAUUUCGGCGAAUGCACCGGAAGGGUAUCAACCCAGACUGGUACACUUAUGGGACAAUGAUGGGUUUGUGUGCCAAGUUGGGCGAUAUUGAGAAUACAAUAGCUCUCUGUCGAAUGGCAGAGAAAAGGCAAGGCAGAAUGCCCACGGCUAUAAUGGACACGGUUGUUGAAGUUUAUUGUCGUAACCAGCGUCUCGAGGAAGCGGAGCGGGUAGCAGAAACGUGCUUAGCAUUUGCUCUGUCUGGAUCACGCACUCGGAUGUGGAAUGUCUUGCUAUGGUCUCACGCAUUCAGAGCAGAUCUUGACUCUGUGUCGCGGAUCCAUAAUCGCAUGAAGCAGGCGGGUAUAGAGUUUGACGAAAUGACAUACGCCGCGUUAAUGCUGUGCUUUGUGAUUGUCGGACGGACUAAUUCAGCCCGACGUCUUCUCAGAGGCCUACAACGCGGUCGACGAAUCCAAGCCACGGAAUUUCACUAUACGCUCGUGCUUUAUGGGUUUGUGAAAGAAGACAACCGGGACAUGAUCUAUCUCACUUACAAGGAAAUUGAAGAGAGGUUUGGAAAUCCCGGCAUGAGCGCUCGCCUUCUCUUGAUGAGGAGUGCUCUUGGAAGGGACAUUUUGGUAAGAACUCCUCAGACGGAUAACCCUGCAGAUCCAGGCUAUCGUUUGUCAUUAUCUGAGGAUCUUCUCUUCCAAGCCGUCUUGGAUUUUGAUCAACGGCAAUUUGCGAACAAGUAUCCCCGCCCAGGAACGAGCAGCUUACCGAAACACGAAGCCUUUCCUUCAGUUUUCUAUGAACCUGUUUUGAAGGCAUAUGGCUCGGAAGGAAUGCAUUUCCGGGCGGAACAAUUACUCAAAGAGUAUGCGAAAGAUAUGGACUCCGCCAUAGCCUCGGACCAGAGCACUGUUUCUCCGUCCUUGCGCUUCCUGUCCGUGUUAAUGGAAGUGUAUUCACAUGCCGACAAGUUUGAAACUGUUCAAAAUUGCUGGGAACUGGCGUUACAAAAAGCAGCCAACAUAAUAAAGCGCAUCCCUCUCAGUCAAUCACCAAUCGACGAGUCACCCCUGUCAAUCCCUGAGAAUGUGACGGAAGUAUCUACCGAUGAUAUUUCACAAUAUGGAAGCUCGUUUCAUUCCUCCACUGAGGAUCCUACACUCCUAGCUUUUGAGAGGCUGUCACGGUCGCCUGUUCGUGGUUUAUCAGAAUCUACUUCCGAUAACUUGCCUGAGUCAUCUUUCGAGGGUUGGUCGGCGUCAUCUUCACACCAAGACCUGGCAUCAAACCCUGAAGAUCAUGACAUGGGGUACUUGCCAUAUCCAGAAGAAGAAUCUAUUAUUUCAUCUCAACGUUUCAUCUUGUCUCGACACUUCUCUUUAUAUAUGAGAAGUGUGGGUAAAGUGGGCCAAGCGUCGAAGCUGCCAGAGUUGGUGGAGGAUUAUCAAAAGCGUGGAUUCGCCAUGACAUCUGAAAAUUGGCUUACUUAUGUCCGAACACUUGCUGCCUCGAACGCAGAAUCUGAACAGUUGAUGGCCUUCUCCACAUUCGAGCGUAUCUUCAUGCCCUACUUUCCUGGUUGGCGUCGGUUGGCCCGCGGGGUUCAGUUUAAACCCCAAGGGGUCCCUGGCACCCUUGACCUAUUGGACAAACGUCCAAGAGGCGAACACAAAGAUACACUUGGAAAGAAAGCUGUUCGAUUCUGGUCUAAAGUCAAUCCCACGUGGAUGUAUCCUACGUACAACGUGAUGAUUUUCCUUGCUGCCACUUUGAAAGACUUCAGGGACAGAAGUCUUACCGAGGGAAGACAGCAGCUGGAUACCCUUUCCUCGGUGGCUCCAUUAACUUUGGAGGCAAUAGAAUUGAUGCCCCAUUUGCGUGAAAAGUUCCAAGGCAUACUUCUUAGAAACCAAGUGGAACAGGGCGAUUUAAGUCCAUUAAGGCGUCGAAAAUACGUGUGGACAGGCGGAGUUCUAGGCGUUGGUGGAAAGCAGCGGUCAGAGCAGCCUCCAGAAGAAUAUGAAGCUCAGCUGGAAACUUCCCUGCUUGGAAGUGAUAUUCCUUCAGCUGAUCAAGCGCCUAGCCAAGGUCUGUCGCAAACCGCAGGCACAGACGACGAUGAACCUGAGGGGCGUAUUGAAGAUACAGAAGGCACACUAGAACCCCGGGACGAACAUGAUAUUGAAAUUGAGACGCUCCUUCGGUCGAGAAGUCGAGAAUUAGGCAUUGAUCCUGUUCAAGAAGAAGAGACUCUUGAUGGAAGAUAG